AUUGAGCUCGUAGUCAAGGGUUCCUCUUUCACGGCAAAGUUCUACUGAGAGAGGGUCGUUCUCCGCCGUGACAACUAGUACAGGGUUGUUGGAUUUGGAGUUUUGGAAACGGAAGCAUCUAUAUGACUAUAUCCUAAUUGUAUCAUCAUAGUUUGAGGGGGAGAAGCAGAAGAGAUAGAGAUUAAAGCAAAGAGGGGGCAAUUAUGGGUUAUGCUCAGCUUGUAAUCGGUCCUGCUGGAAGUGGAAAGUCUACUUAUUGCUCAAGCUUGUACCAACACUGUGAAGCUACUCGGCGAACAAUUCAUAUAGUGAACCUAGAUCCUGCUGCAGAGAAUUUUGAUUAUCCAGUGGCCAUGGAUAUUCGGGAACUUAUAUCUUUGGAUGAUGUGAUGGAGGAGCUUGGACUUGGUCCAAAUGGUGGUCUUAUGUACUGCAUGGAACACCUUGAAGAAAAUCUGGAUGAGUGGUUAAGCGAAGAGUUGGAAAAUUACAUGGAAGAUGAUUACCUAGUAUUUGAUUGCCCAGGUCAGAUAGAACUCUUUUCUCAUGUUCCGGUUCUUAAGAACUUUGUGGAGCAUUUGCAGCGUAAGAAUUUCAAUGUUUGUGCUGUGUACUUGCUUGACUCUCAGUUCAUCACGGAUGUGACCAAGUUUAUUAGUGGUUGUAUGGCUUCUCUUUCCGCAAUGGUUCAACUUGAACUACCUCAUGUUAACAUUCUCUCCAAAAUGGACCUCGUGACUAGAAAAAGAGACAUUGAAGAUUAUCUGAACCCAGAGCCUCAGACUCUGCUGUCAGAACUGAACGAGCGCAUGGCUCCUCAAUUCCAAAAGCUUAACAAGGCGUUAAUUGACUUGGUCGAUCAGUAUAGCAUGGUGAGCUUUGUCCCACUUGAUUUAAGGAAGGAGAGCAGCAUACAGUAUGUUCUUUCCCAAAUCGACACCUGUAUUCAAUUUGGAGAAGAUGCUGAUGUGAAGAUUAAAGAUUUUGACCAAGAUGAAGAUCAAGACUAGAAGUCGUUUAUGCGAUUAUGUUGGUGAAGCCUCGAACCCAUGAUGAAUCCCUACAAAUUGAUGUUGCACCGGGAGAUGUAUGUGAUCGAUCUUUCUCAACUUUCAGAAUUGGUUUUCUUUCAGCAUAUCGUUGAUGAUAUUGUGAACGAUUGGUGUUUGUUAAUUGUGUACAUUUACUA